AUGGGUCUUCAAAAGAGUAUUAUUGUAAGAACUCGAAAUCGUAUUCCUCCUUUUCAAUCAAUUCGAUAUUUUUUGCUGCAGGCUUUUCCGGAUCCUGAUUAUGUGAUAUAUGGAUUGCGUGAGGAUAAAAACAUCCUCCUUUUACCGAGCGAUAUUGCAAAUAAUAUUUCAACGGACAAAAAGCUGCCAAGUUUGCUAGACGAUAACCUUACUGGGGGACAGGAUAUUGAACAUUAUAAUGCUAUGUUGAUUGAAGUCCAUGGCUUAUUGCAAUUUAUAACUCUCUGGCAAGAAAUACGUAGCACGGGUAAAUUAUAUACGCUUACACGUCUCGCGUAUUUCGAAGCGUUUCGAUUGGUGUUCGUACCAACACCCAACAAAAUUGUUUAUGGGGCAAUGGUCACAACAUUGAUGUAUUUCUCCGAUUUAGCCCAAAAUCCUUUCACUUUUAAAACUACUGCUGAUAACCGAGUCUUCCUUUAUCAGGAAGGUAUGGGGCGUACCGGACCAUAUGAAAUAGUUUUUGGGGUAAGUUAA